ACCAACGGUCGGUGGGAACCAAUCUUGAGGCAGGACCAGGGUGUGUUUCCUCAGGCGCUCUGCCGAUCCUGAAUUGCAGGUCUCAUCACAGGGCUGGGUUCUGUAGGGACGGUUCAGACUUUCCCGCCACGGAGGGCAGGGGAGAGCGGUUCAAGAUGGACCCUGAGGCACACGGUGGAGGAGCCAUGAGGGCAGCCGAUGAAGACGCAGGCGCCGUGGCCUCUGCAACGGGCACAGCACAUGGUGGCCAAGGUGUGCCAGGUGGUGCUGGUGGCCGCCAUGGCCCUGGCGACCCAGCUGGCCCUGGAGACGCUGUCAGUCGAGGAGUCCCUGCCGGCUCCGGCGACAUGGCUGAUCCCAGAGACCCCAGCACUGCCGGAGAGUCAGGUGGCGCAGCCGCUGCCAUUCCGCAGACCCCGGGGGCACCCCACGCACCAGGGCCUGGCGGAGACACUGCACCCGGAGCUGGAGUUCUGAGUAACCGAGUCUUCCAGUUCAACCUCGCCGUGCCUUUCUCAUCGUACGCGGAGGCGGACAACGCCCGCUACCUCCUGACUCGACUUACUCAACUGCGAUGGCCGGUUCAGAGGGAGCUCUACGUUUGUGGCCGCAUGUUGGUUCUCCGAUUGACUGCUGAAGACCAGCCUUGCUCCAGACGGCCAUCGCCUUCUGUCAGCAGCAGCUUUCCGUGGUGAUGUGGACCUUGCUGAACUUUGUGCCUGCCCAGCCUCAGCACAGAAGAGGGCUUUAAACCUAGCCUAUGUGCCCUAGCCUCAAGUGUCCUUCCUGAGGGCAUUGCUUUCUGCAGUAGUUUGAUCGGGCUUCAGCUUGUGCCUGUGGUGCUGUUUUGGGCGGGGGUGGGGGAGGGGCUCAGGGUCCACAUGGUUUGUUUGGUGAUUGCUAACUGCAGAAAAUAAAAGUGAGCUACUGUGCUGUCUCUGA